AUGGUCGCUAGACGCAAGCAUACAGAGCAGACGUCCGAACACCUCGGUGCCCGACGCCCGAAUGGCCUUUCGUUGGUUAGGAGUGGAGGGGGUAAUGUUUAUCUACCCCUCCUCCCGCCUCUCCCCUCCCCGACCGUGCCAGCUGAGCAGCGGCAGGCUAUAUAUAGGUUGCGCUGUAAAUAUUCGUUCCAAGUACGGAAAGCGCCCCCUCCUAUGGGGGGUCAGGUGGGUACAGUCUCCAGAUACAUGGGCGAGUAA